AUGCCCGUGGGGGCUUCCCGGAAGAAGAGCAAGGGGCUGGGAGGUUCCACCCCAUCGGAGCCCUCUCUUCCCCCCAAGUUCAUCAAUCUUCAGGCCAUUUUGGAAGAGGACGUAUCUCUAGGGAGUCUUGUCAAUGUCGUCGGCGUGGUGAAAGACUGGCGCCUUCCCAUACCAACCGGUGGCACUGACCACAAAUCUAGCAUCGCCCUGUACGAUCUCUCCAUUGAGGAUGAGAACAAUGGCCUCGAGUUUGUCAUUUUCCGUCCAGAAGCCUGUAUGCCCCAAGUCGAUGUGGGUGAUGUUGUCCUCGUAACCGCUGCCAAGGUGCAGAAAUACCAAUCCAACCCCUUUUCCCUCAUCACCAACCAUGCAACUUCAAUCCGAGUGUACAAGGCUUCCAAGAUUCCGAAACACCCUCAAUCCGCCAAAAUCGCCUUAGAACCGGCUUCAAAGCGAGAUGGCCAUGUGCCCAGCCCCGAGGAGACCGCCUAUGUCUCGCACAUACACCACAAGAUUGAUAAGUGUUUCCUCCCCGAAGAGACCAAGUUCCAAGCCAGAGCGGCACAGUCCCUCAAUACUAGACGGAAAUUCGGCUUGCUUGAAGAUGUGGAAGCGGGCAAGUUCUACGACUUGAUUGUACACGUGGCCAGAGAACCCUACGCCGGCUUCGAUCUAGCUACUCUGUAUGUCUCGGAUUACACCGAGAACACACACUUCCACCCAAAAGCAUGGGAAGGGCUGUCAGAAUUGGCAUCGGGCGUUGAUCCGUACGGGUACACCACGGGCGGCGCUAAUAUACCCCGCGAAGAUUGGAUCGGGCCGUACGGGAAAAAGUCUCUUCAGGUCACCUGCUUCGAACCUCACGCAAGUUACAUCCGUGACGAAGUAAAAGCGGGGCAAUGGGUCAGUCUGCGCAAUGUUCAAAUCAAGUACGGCAGAGAUGGCCAGUUCCUCGAAGGCUUCAUGCGCGGCAACCCAACAAUCAACGUGUAUGUUCUCGAUACCGGAGACCCCGACACAAUAGACCCGAACCUGAAAGGAGGCGCUCCGCCGAUGCCGCGACUACCACAAGAUGAAGAAACGGCAGAUCAAGGAGGUCAAAUCCGCCCAAAUAGCGGGACUGAAGCGAAAGGGCUUCCGCUUCGUCAGUUUAAAGCUUCUGCUCGCGUGGUCGACUUUUUCCCGGCCUCGCUGGAAGACUUUGCUUAUGGGCGGAGACAAACCGAGUACGAUGUGCUCUCUGACAACGAGGAAGACAGCGAGGGUCCUUCGUCAUCCGAUGACGAGGAGACCUCCAGAAGUCAGCGGGUCUGGGAAUGGCGCUUCGCCUUGCAGCUCGAAGACCCAACCCCUUCUGAUCACGCAAAGGGCGCGCCGCCGCCGCCGCGCCUCUGGGUCCUUGUUGACAACCUCGAAGCACAAUGCCUGACGGGUCUUGAUGCGGCCGACCUGCGCCAGGACACAGACACGCUCAACAAGUUGCGCAAGCGCAUGUUCACGCUGUGGGGAAAUCUGGAGGAGCUCAAGACUCAGGCCGCGGGGAGGAAACAAAUGGAGCAAGAGACCGAGGAUGGUAAUCACCACCGGUUCAGGGGCGCUGGAAAAUCCCAGCCACGGCUCCCGAAACCGCCGCUGCAGAGCUCCCACCCCGAAAUCGAGGGCGAGGGCGACGGGAAGGCAGUCUCGAACAUCCCCUUUACUUGCUGCAUUAAGCAGUAUGGAGUCUACGAAGGAAAGGAACGCGAAGGUCGGUGGAUUUCCACCAACGACCCCUUGCUGGGUUGA